AUGGGUGCAGGUUGCUGGUCGCGGACAGGUGCGCGUCGGGCUCGUGACACGCGGAUGUGGGCACAGGCGCAGUCGGCAUGCUGGGACUUCGGUCGGCACGUCGGGCUUUGUGCGUCGCGGGUCUCCUAUGUCGAGGCAGACUGGGCUCUUUUUAAAAGAGAGAAAUCAAGCUCUCGUCAUCUUCUUCGUUUUUCUUUUCCGAUCACCUCAUCCGUCGCCACUCUCGCUACUCCCAGAUCACCAUCUCCGGCGAGAGCGACCAACGCCGUGAACCAGCGUGAGCGACCAUUUUUCGACGGGCACUUCCCUCCAACGGUUCACACGAGCAGGCCCUCCUCCCCGGUGAACUACUCCUCCAUGCUGCGUUUUUCCGGCGAGCUCCCACAAGACGUCGUCUUCAGGCCCGACCUCAGGCGAGUUCUCCUCCAUGACCAGCGGAGCUCUCUUUUCCGGCGAGUCUUCCCUCCUCCAUCGAGCAGCCACCACGACCAGCUCUCUUCCGGCGUGAACGACCACCACCGCGCACCUCCCCCUCGUCACCAUCUCCGUCCUCCAUUAAGCCCGACGAGUCCACCUCCAAGCAGCCCCGCCAGAAAAUUAAUGAAUUUUAAAUCAAGACGGACGUCUGCAUUCCAAUUGAAAAGAUUGUCCGCAUUUCAAGUAAAAAAAUCUCCAAUCUACAAUUGCGACAAGCCGCCGCCGCAUGUCGCGAAUCACCCUAGAUUCAGACUCGUCAAGUCCAAAUCCACGGAGCCACGUGACUGUCGGAGCCCAGCGCGGAGGAGCUUGGAGUCGGCACCGGAGCACGACAUGUCAGUAGACAUCCCACCCUUCGUGCUCGAUUCGUACUGGAAGAACAGUCGGCCAAUUCAUAAAUGUAAAGUGAAAUUAGGGAUGGAGAAUGGAGAAUUGGAGAGGAGGAUUGGAAAUUAG